AUGGCCGCCGCCGCCGCCGCCGCCGCCGCCGCCACCGCCGCCGCCGCCGCCACUGAGGGAAUCUAUGAGGACGUCUGGCCUCAGUUCCGAUGGGUCAACGGGGACAAAGCCGACAUCCUCAUCGUCGACCUCGCCGGUACAUCCUCUCUCUCUCUCUCUCUCUCUCUCUCUCUACACUGUUCAUGGUGGGUUGACUCCAUUUGCCUCCUGUCUGGGUGGGAAGGGGUGAAGAAUGGGGGGGAGUUCGCGAAGGAGCAUCUGGAGAUCCUGGUGGACAAAUACCAGGGGAGCCUCAAGAUCAGCGGUCAGCGCCCCCUCGACGGCGGUCGCUGGCGGCGGUUCCAGAACAACCACCCCUUGCCGGCGGACGCUGACCCCGCCACGAUCAGCGCCAUCUUCGACGGCAGCCUCCUCUCCGUCACCGUCCCCAAGCUCGCCGUUGAUCCAUUGUCGCCGCCUGGCUCCGACGGGAAGAGCGGCAGCGGCGCCGACCCGCCCCCCGCCACCGGCGACGGAAGGAAAAACGGUGCAAUGGGGUCUCCACCUAUGAAAGAAGAGGCCGCCGCUCCGGAAGAGAAAGGGACUCCCCAGGCGCGAGAACAGCCGGCCGGCGCCGGGAAGGCGGCGCCACCAUUUCCACCUGCCGAUCCGGCAGAGAAAGGGACUUCCCAAGCGCGAGAACCGGCGGCCGGCACCGGGAAGGCGGCGCCACCAUCUCCACCUUCCGCUCUGGCAGAGAAAAUGACUAAGCCGCGAGAGUCUCCGCCGCCACCGCCGUCACAGCAGCGUACGCCGGUGAAGGGGCCGAGAUCAGGGGCUGGGGGAGCCGAGACUGGGGGGAGGCCUGGGGAGCUGCUGGUGAACGUUGUAGUGGCCGUGCUGCUGCUGCUGGGGCUGGGCUUCUACGUCGCCUACCGGUACAGGGCGGCCAUGGACAGCUGA